AUGGCCUCUCCCAGUGUCGUGAAACAAAAUAAAGCCGCCGCCGCCUCCGCUCAAGAAAAAAUCCCCGCCACCGCCAGCCGCUCCCACCACCUUAAGGCCUCAAACCGGGCUGCCAAGCAAGGCCUAAGCGACCUCGGCGACGACCUCCUGUGCGAGGUAUUUCUCCACCUCCCCUCCCUCCCGAGCCUCGUCCGCGCAGCUCUCGCCUGCCCCGCCUUCCUCCGCGCCGUCCGUUCGUCCCCCGCCUUCCGACGCCGCUUCCGCGACCUCCACCCGCCACCGCUCCUCGGCGUAUUCCUCGACAUACACGAUCCAUCAUCCAUACCCGUAUUCGUCCCCACCCGCCGCCACUCCGACCGGGACCACGCCGCCGCCAUCCGCGGCGCAGACGUCUUCUUUACCCUGCUGCCCGAAGACGAUAAUGACGUCGACCCCCAAUGGUCAAUGGAGUACUGCGGCGACGGAUUUUCUCUUCUCGUCAACUGGAAAAUCGAGAAAAUGGCCGUCUACAAUCCGCUCACACGGUCCCUGGAUCUCUUCCCCGUGCCGUCGGACGAGAUCUGCAGGGCCAUGUAUGUCGAGUUCUACAUGCUCGCCUCCGAAGACAACAACGGGCCUUUCCACGUUGUCUCUGUCUCUUGCCGAAUGCCGGGGGCGCAGGCCGCCGUCUUCUCGUCAGACACCAGAGAGUGGAAGGUUUUCCCAUUUUCAGAGAAUGUAAAUUGCUCUCUGGAUGGUACACUGGUGAACGGCUCUGUUUACUGGACAUUUACCAUCGGGCCCAAUGUUGACGUGCUCAACACCGCAACCCUGCAGUUCUCUCAAAUUGAGCUGCCGCUGCAUAUGGAAGGGCAAGUGCUAUUUGAGCCAGGUGAGACCAAGGAUGGGAAGCUCUGUUUGGUUUCCGCAGUUAAACUCAUGCUUUUUGUUUGGGUCUGGAGACCCGACAACAACAACAGCAACAGUGUGGACAGAUGGGUGCUGGAUAAGACAUUUUCGCUGCAGGAUGAUACUGAUAACAUCUCUCGGUAUUGUCUGUAUGAUGAUGUUCGGCUCAAUGUUGUGGCGAUUAUUGGUGGCUUUGUUUAUUUCUCUACCUUCUGUGGGAGUCGUCCAAAUUCUUGUCACUUCAUGUGCUUCUGCCUUGAAACAGAGGAGCUGAGUAAGCUCUGCACUGUCAGCCACUCCGAUAUUUCCUAUCCCUAUAUCAUGGCGUUCCCUCCUUCAUUGGUAUGCACUAAGGUGAUCCCUCAACUCGAAGGGGCUUGACUAGGCGGAAGAAGAAAACUUGAACCAGGGAAUGUUAUUUCUGCUAUGUAUGUUGCUUUCUCACUGUAGAAUUAAUAAACCAAGAUGUUCCAUUGCUGUUGGGAAUGUUUAGUCAUUUUUGUAACCUCGUCAUC